AUGAAGUGGGUGGUGUUAGCCUUCCUCUGUCUCCAACUAACAGAGGGGCUCGUAAGGGUCCCUCUGAAGAAGGGUAAAUCUGCCCGUGAUGUCAUGCGCGAGAAGGGAAUUCUUAAAGAAUAUAUGAAAACACACAAGAGAGACCCAGCGUUGAAAUACAACUUCAACCAAAAAUUUGACUUUGCUGUGGCUUAUGAACCCAUGUACAUGGAUACUUACUACUAUGGAGAGAUCAGCAUUGGGACACCACCCCAGAACUUCCUGGUCCUGUUUGAUACAGGAUCUUCCAACUUGUGGGUACCAUCCACUUACUGUCAAAGUGCAGCCUGUGGCAAUCAUAACUUGUUCAAUCCCAGCCAAUCAUCCACUUACACAACUAAUAACCAGCAGUUCACUAUGUCCUAUGGAAGUGGAAGCGUGACUGGUGUUUUUGGCUACGAUACAGUAACAGUUCAGGGAAUCACCAUCAGCAACCAAGAAGUUGGCCUGACCUACUCCGAGAGUGGCAGCAGUUUUUACUACUCCAAGUUUGAUGGAAUCUUCGGCAUGGCCUAUCCAGCUAUGUCAGCAGGUGGCGCUACCACUGUCAUGCAGGGAAUGUUACAACAGAACCUGCUCAAUAAUCCCAUCUUCAGUGUCUAUAUGGGCAGCCAAUCAGGAGAGGUUAUUUUUGGAGGCGUUGACAACCAACUGUACUCUGGACAAAUCAUGUGGGCCCCAGUGACACAGCAGGUUUAUUGGCAGAUUGGAAUUGAUGCGUUCUCAAUUAAUGGACAAGCUACAGGAUGGUGCAGUCAAGGAUGUCAGGCUAUUGUAGAUACUGGAACCUCUCCUCUCACAGUCCCUCAGCAGUAUAUGGGAUCUUUUCUGCAGUAUCUGGGUGCACAGAAUAACAAUGGAGAAUUUCUGGUGAAUUGUAACAAUGUUCAGAACAUGCCUCCAAUCAGCUUCACCAUCAAUGGAGUCCAGUUCUCUAUCCCAGCCUCUGGAUAUAUACUUCAGAAUAAUGGCUACUGCACAGUUGGCGUUGAGGAAACUUACCUUCCAUCCCAGAAUGGACAACCUCUAUGGAUCCUAGGAGAUGUGUUCCUACGGCAGUACUACUCUGUCUAUGAUAUGAGCAACAACAGGGUGGGCUUUGCUCAGGCUGCAUGAAGAUUUCCAAAUAUUUCAGGCCAUCAAGGAAGCUCUUGAGAUAUUUACCUCAGCAGCAAUAACAAUGUAUUUCAUGAAUGAGCAGCAAAGGGAUGAUAUUUUCCCAAUAAAAUCUAGCCCUAUAUCAAACA